AUGGCCAUCCUCACCGACCUCGUUUUCGAGGCCACUCGUGUGGCUGUUCGAGCUGCUACGGAUGAACCUUCUCCCACGUCCAAUUCCUCCGCUAUUUCCACCACCUCAAGCAUGCCCACCGAUACCAAUUUUCAGAACAAUAAAAACUCAGACCCCAACAAGGACAGAGGCAGCUCGCCGCUCCUCUUCUUUGUCGCUCUAGGCUUUGGCGUCGUCUUCACUAACCUCUGGAUUAUCGUCGGUGUCAAAUACUGCUUCCGCUACAAUGCCCGCAACCGCGCCCGACUUGGUGAGGACGGCGAACCCCUACCUCUCGAAAACAUGGCCAGGCCUCACCGUCGCCGUCGCGAAAAGAAGCUGAUGAGCAUGGACGAGGUCAAUGAGAAAUUUCCCAUGAUGAAGUACAAGACAUGGGUAAUUGAGCGCGCCCGAGAAGGUUUGCCCACAGCUGGUGGCGUAGACGUGUCAGCCAGCAGACCAACCAGCCUUCACAACGUUGAAGCCGUCUCCUCCAUCACCACCACAAAACAACGCCAAUCAACCGAUAACCCGAUUCCCGACUUCUCCGAUAGUCAAGAGCCUGCUGCUGCUGCUACUGUCGACCGAAAACCUGCCGACAAGCCGGCAGAGACGGAAAAGGAGAAGCCUGUCAAGGACAGCGAUGCCAUCGAAUCGGCUGGACAGACAUCAACUGCUGCACCCGCGAAAACCGACGAUGUGCAACGGGUCGAGAGUCACCAGGACGACGACGAGGAAGACGACGAGCACAUCAACGCCGCCCUGCCACCCGAGUGUCUCGGUGCCCCGGGCGAUGCCUGUGCUAUCUGCAUUGAUACCCUUGAGGACGACGACGACAUCCGCGGCCUCACAUGCGGUCAUGCCUUCCACGCUGUCUGCGUCGAUCCUUGGCUGACGAGUCGCCGUGCUUGCUGCCCCCUCUGCAAGGCAGACUACUACACGCCCAAGCCUCGACCCAACCAGGAUGUUGAUGCCGCCGCCCAGACCAACUCCAGUCUGGAUCCCCGCAACAAUACACGCAUGAACAUGCCUACCAGUUUUGCGUCUGCCUGGUUCCGCUCCAGCCGCGCUCAUCCCCUCCGCGCUGGUCGACACUCAACAACCAACACGGCAGAAGCGCCUACACAACAACCUACCGAGAGUUUCAGUCGCAGCAUGGUGACAUCUGUUCGCUCUGCUCUGCGAUUUGGUCGCAGAAACAAUGCUGCCCAAACUGAGGCAGCCGCCCCUACCGCAACAGAUCCUACGCCCGGCCAAUUAGAGUCUGGCAUCCGACCCCACGUUGUGGCGUAA